AUGCCGAGCACCGUGCUGCCUCCUGUUCCUCACAACGAAAGACUGCCCACAACGGCUGAAGAUCUCGACUGGGCUGAUAUCCCCAUCAUCGACCUCGCAAAUUUCGGCACCGAUGACGGAAGAGCCGCGCUUGCUGUUCAGGUCCGCCACGCCAUGUCAAAUGAAGGGUUCUUCUACGUGAUCAAUCAUGGCUUGACUCAAGCGCAGAAUGAUCGCAUAUUCGAUAUCGCUGACGUGCCCUUCUCAGUUGUUCCAGAGGAUGAGAAGAAAAUUUACACCGGCGAUUUCGAGAAGCUCGGAAAAUACCUCGGCUACAAAGCCAGGCAGCACUGGCAUAUUGAUGGAGGUGUGCACGACCAACUCGAGCAAUACAACAUAGAUCGUGAUGUCACUAGAGACGAGCAUCCGCGAGCGCUCCAGCCAUUCCUCCCGGAACUCGAUGCGUUCAACAAGUUCUGCCACCACAGCGUGCUUGAGCCGAUUCUCAGGCUUUUGGCGCUUGGCCUAGAGCUUGCCGAAGACACAUUCGUAAACAUCCACGGUUUUGAUGCGAACAACGAGACAUCAGUCCGUUUCAUUAAAUACUACCCCCGGUCGCAGGAAGAAGAAAAGAUCACGAGAAACGUCUGGCUUAAGGGCCACACUGAUACGGGAAGUGUCUCCAUCUUGUGGAGUCAGCCCAUCUCCGCGCUGCAGAUGCUAUCCCCCGACGGAAAGUGGCGCUGGGUCAAGCACAUCGAUAACGCCGUGGUCGUCAACGCCGGCGAUGUGUUAGAAUUUUUGUCUGGAGGGUUCUACAAGGCGACCAUCCAUCGUGUGGUGCAGCCUCCCGUUGACCAGCGCGGCUAUCCUCGCGUUGGCGUGUUCUACUUCGCGAAGACGAACGACGACGUGAAGCUCGUUCCGUACACCGAGAGUCCUGUCCUGCAGGAGUACGGCAUCAAGCGGCGCAUCGAGGAUGCAGAUGCGCCGACGAUGCUCCAGUGGCGCAGUGGCAGGGCGAGGGCGUACGGAAUCAGCAAGCUCGAGAAGAAAGAGAACAACAUCGAGGAAGAGGUCAUCGCCGGUGUCGUGGUGAGGCAUUACAAUUGA